CUCGUCACCACAACACAUCGCGGCGACAGAGGCACAGCACAGAGGACACUACCACUUCUUGCGCCGCCUUCAUACAGCAUUCGCACCAUUGCCUCUCCAGAACCUCGGGGCUUACCGACGCUUUGGCUUCUCACCCUCCACGGUCAGGUGCUACCCUAGCUUUGGUUGAGUGCUCGACGAAUCCGGCGUGCUGGACCUAAAUAAGGAGCAGGCUGGUACAACUGGUAGCUCUCUGACAUCUUACACUAACCAUGGAGGACUUUGGGAUUGUCUAUAUCAUCGAGAAUGCCCAGCAGUUUUGGUCAGAGCUUGAGGAUAUCCUGCGGAUAUCUGAGGAUGCGAGUUUGGGUCAGCUAGAUGCGACUCUAUCGCGCUUCGUUUCUUUCUGCGCGACAUACCAUGAACAAUAUCUGCAAUCACCUAUCCAGCUGGAGCACGCAUGCUCGCUUCUCCUGCAGUGUGAUCUUUUUACGUUUCACUCGGAGAGGAUGCGCGAGCGACUCCUGGAAGACGCAGAGAAGACCACCGACCCUCACGGCCAACUCAUAUUGUUCCAAAUUCUCCUACAAUACGGCCGCAACCAUCCAAGCUUUCUUCGUUCACAAAAGAAAUGGGCUCCCCUGCUUCCCCUGCUUAUGGAUUACGUCCUGCUCGACUUUGAUCCGGAAGUAGAAGACCUUGCUACGAGCUCGGGAUGGAAUAAAACAUUACCUACCCCUAUCGAAGCGAAUUUGCGGAUCUUGGCUGUCGGGAUUCUUUACGAAGUAUGCAGAGUACAGAAGUUUUCUCUGGCGGAUUUACGAGUCUUUGACGAUGCCUUCAUUGAUUUUCUUUUCGAUCUCGUCGAACAAACUCGACAUAUGCAAGAUGAAGCGUUGAAUUACUCGCUCAUUAAAUUAAUAGUCGCAUUAAACGAACAAUUCAUGGUUGCGACUGUCUCGUCAAGUACAUCUAGUAAUGGCCAUAAGGAUUCAAAACACUUGCCUGCAGAGCAGAACAACCGAGUACUUCGUGUCCUCAUGCUUCGAUUGAAUUCUAGCAAAACAUUUGGCGAAAAUAUGAUUUUCAUGCUAAAUCGCGCUGGCCGUACACCGGAAGAUUUAUGCAUGCAAUUGUUGGUUCUGAAAAUAUUGUACCUAUUAUUUACGACAAAAGGCACAACUGAAUAUUUCUACACCAAUGAUUUGCGUGUCCUUGUCGAUGUGUUCUUGCGGGAACUUGUUGACCUGGACGAAGAUAGCGAAUCAUUACGACACACCUACCUCCGCGUACUCCAUCCCCUCCUCACACGCACUCAGCUCCGCUCGGUGCCAUACAAACGGCCGCAGGUCGUACGAACAUUAGAGUCUCUAAUCAGCCAUUCAAGCAUCCGAGAUAUCAAUCCUACGACUAAGCGUCUCGUUGAACGAUGUCUAUCAGGUGACUGGUGCGUGCAACUACGGCGCGUUAACUCGCCCGGAUCGGACACAACCGCGACCGGAUUCAGUACUGGUACAAGCAGAGGUAAUAGUCCUGGUGUGGCUGACACGGUGUCAACGGCUAAGGACGAAUAUAUUCCGACAUCGUCGCCGGAUAGCCCUCACUUUUUGAAGCCACGCGAGAGGCAGCAUUCGAUAAAGGCAAGCAAGAGUGUUGAGAACCUAAGGAAGACAAACGGUACGAAGGGCAAAACACACGGCGAAUCUUACACAAAACACGGGAAUGCCAGCGUGUUAAACCUCCAGUCAAUUGGUGCUGCCCUUCCGGCUACAUCAUUACCUGUUUCACCCACUUCACCGAUUACAAAUGUCAAGCUGCCUCAACGUGCCUCGACACUACCUGAUCAGAAUCUAUCGUCUUCGUCGAGUGCGUCUCUCCCAUCUUCCGUCUCCUCUCUGGAUCAGCUCGCUGGAGCGACUAGUUCACCGAAACACCCUCCUUCGAUUUCACGAGUGCACAGCCAUCAAGGCACUUCAUCCGGAUCUACCCCUGCCCCUCCGGCUGUAACUGUACACUCCAGUUCACUCGGACAAGUCGUUGACAGCAUCGUGUCUCCUACGCCCGUCCAACACUCCUCAGGUCGUUCUCAAUCUUCGAUGUCAGGAAAGAAGAACUUUUCUUACAACCCAAGCUCAAACUCGACUUCACGUUCUUAUGAGCAGGAAAGACAACGACGAAGUGCACCGCCCACACCGCCACCGAAACGACGCAAACCGCCUGCGAUACCUGUCGAGAAAACGGCACGUACGGCGGGUGGAGCGACAAUGAUGACUAUCGCUUCUUCGUCUGUGACAGGGGGUAGGAAGGCGCCUAGUCCACUGAGCAGAGUGCAUCCUGUAAAUCCGUCCUAACAUUUGUUCGUUACGAUUUUCUUUUUCGGUGAUGAAGCUUUUCUCUCUCUUUUAAUUUUUGUAUAUAGUCUGAGGAUAUUAAUCGUAUCGAGGCUUCAUAAACAUUUCGCUCAUGCACAC